AUGAGAAGAUCAGAGCUGCUUUUUGAUAUGGCACCUUUGAAGGCUCCUGGGAGUAAUGAUUUUCAUGCUCUUUUUUUCCAAAGUCAACGGGAACAAGAACAAGCAAGGUUCAUAGAGUGGCAGAACAUUACUGAUAAUAUCAUUUUAGCACAAGAAGCCAUCCACUCUAUGAGAAGUAAGAAGAAGAAUAAGAAAUGGAUGGUUGUUAAGAUUGAUUUGGAGAAGGCCUAUGACCGUGUUCUAUGGGAAUUUAUUGAUGCUUCUCUCAAAGCUACAAGUAUCCCUGAUCUUUUGAGAAAUGUUGUCAUGUCUACUAUCUCUAAUUCUACUAUGCAGAUACUAUGGAAUGGUGUACCGUCUUAG